UAGAGAGAGAGAUAGAGAGAGAGAAACCAUGAUGGAGGUGCCCAGGCACUGACAACACUAUGACACCCAGCAUCAAGCACUCGGAUUGUUUUACACCAAUGUUGUGCCACUGUAAAGUAGCAUGCACCAACAGCACCAUCUCGCUUAUGUUCGGAUGCAAGAAGUACAGGAUUCAGGAUGAAGAUAGUUCAACCCCCCAGCAGGACCAUGGUCAGUCCCAGGCCUGUCCUCAGCACCCCUACCCUGGCUUGGAGGGCAGUGAGAGGGAGCUGCCGGGUAGCCACCACGGGACCCUCCGCAGCCACCAUGGAACCCUGGACAGGCACCACCACAACAGGGGAGAGAGAGAGGGCACGGAGGGCAGGGGAGAGGGACUGCCAGAGCUGGCCCAGGUAGCAGAGAAGAAACUGUCCCGAAUAGAGAACGUUCACGGAUACGUCUCCCAUGCACACAUCUCCCCUACGAAGGCAAACCCACCUCCAGUGAUGGUCAACACAGACAGUUUGGACACCCUCGCAUACGUGAAUGGAACAGAAGCAGAUUAUGAGUAUGAGGAGAUCACCCUGGAACGGGGUAACUCGGGGUUGGGCUUCAGUAUUGCGGGGGGGACAGAUAACCCCCACAUUGGAGAAGACCCCAGUAUCUUCAUCACCAAGAUCAUCCCUGGAGGAGCUGCAGCUCAGGACGGAUGCCUCAGAGUGAAUGACUGCAUCUUGAGAGUAAACGAGGCAGACGUGAGGGAUGUGACCCACAGUAAGGCCGUGGAGGCCCUAAAAGUGGCCGGCUGCAUCGUCAGGCUCUACGUCCGCAGGAGAAAAGUCCGCGCAGAGAAGAUCAUGGAGCUCAAACUAGUCAAAGGUCCUAAAGGGCUAGGGUUCAGUAUUGCGGGGGGAGUAUGGAACCAGCACAUUCCAGGCGACAACAGCAUCUAUGUCACCAAGAUCAUUGAGGGAGGGGCUGCACACAAAGACGGGAGGUUGCAAAUAGGAGACAAACUAUUGGCUGUAAACAGCGCUUGUCUUGAGGAGGUGAGUCACGAGGAUGCCGUGGAGGCCUUGAAAAACACCCCCGAUGUGGUUUACUUGAACGUGGCGAAACCCACCAGUGUCUUCAUGAACGACAGCUUCGCUCCGCCCGACAUCACCAACUCAUAUUCCCCUCACAAGGACAACCAUAUCACCCCAUCCAACUACCAUAGCCAGCCCCAUACCCCCGACACACCCGGACGCUACUCACCCAUCCCCAAGAGCAUAUUGGGAGACGAUGAGAUCACAAGGGAGCGCAGGAAGGUGGUGUUACACCGUGGCUCUACAGGCCUGGGUUUUAACAUAGUAGGAGGAGAGGAUGGAGAGGGAAUCUUUAUUUCCUUUAUUCUGGCUGGUGGACCUGCUGACCUCUGUGGAGAGCUCCGGAAAGGAGACCGCAUCAUCUCAGUAAACGGGGUUGAGCUCCACAGUGCAACCCAUGAGCAGGCAGCUGCUGCUCUGAAGAACGCUGGACAGACGGUCAACAUCGUAGCCCAGUACAGGCCAGAGGAAUACAGUCAGUUUGAAGCCAAAAUCCAUGAUCUUCGGGAGCAGAUGAUGAACAGUAGAAUCAGCUCAGGCUCUGGCUCUCUACGGCCCAGCCAGAAAAGAACGCUCUACGUCAGGGCCCUGUUUGACUAUAACAGGACAAAGGACUCUGGGCUGCCCAGCCAGGGGCUUAACUUCCACUUUGGAGACAUCCUUCACGUGGUGAACGCCUCCGAUGACGAGUGGUGGCAGGCGAGGCACAUGACCCACAAAGAAGAGGUAGAUGAGGUCGGAGUCAUCCCCAGCAGGAGGAGGGUAGACAGAGCGCGGUUAAAGACUGUCAAAUUCAAUGCCAGGUCUCAAGACAAAGGGGUCCCUGACAACAAAGCACUGAGUGGCCAGGAGGAGUACGUCCUGUCCUACGAGCCGGUCACACAGCAGGAAGUGAACUACACACGACCCGUCAUCAUCCUGGGGCCAAUGAAGGACCGUAUCAACGAUGACCUCAUCUCAGAGUUCCCUGACAAAUUUGGAUCCUGUGUCCCACACACGACCAGACUAAAACGGGAUUACGAGGUGGAUGCCAGAGACUACCAUUUUGUGGUGUCCAGGGAGCAGAUGGAGAAAGACAUCCAGGAUCACAAGUUCAUCGAGGCAGGCCAGUACAACAACCACCUGUAUGGAACCAGCAUCCAGUCUGUACGGGAGGUCGCUGAGAAGGGGAAGCAUUGCAUCCUGGAUGUUUCAGGCAACGCCAUCAAACGACUACAGUCGACCAUGCUCUACCCCAUCGCUAUUUUCGUCAAGCCCAAGUCUGUGGAGAAUAUCCUAGAGAUAAAUAAGAGGCUAACAGAGGACCAGGGGAGGAAGACGUUUGACAGAGCCAUAAAACUGGAGCAGGAGUUCACUGAGCACUUCACUGCUAUAGUCCAGGGGGACUCUCUGGAGGAGAUCUACAACACGGUGAAAAUCAUCAUCCAGGAGCAGUCAGGACCCUUCAUCUGGGUGCCUGCCAAGGAGAAGUUGUGAAAGGAGGACAGAAGAGAGUACCCUUAUUUUCUUUAAGUGGUCUUCAUGUCUUCUCUGAUUCUACGUCUUUUUAUUUUUACCAACCUGGCCUGCUGUGAUCGCUGGCCCUCUUGCCCGGAGCUUAGCACCCC